UCGCCGCCUUGCUCUAGCGCUCGCCAGAAUGUCCUUUAUCCCGGUGGCAGAGGAUUCCGAUUUCCCCAUCAACAAUCUGCCUUACGGCGUCUUCUCCACCGAAAGCAACCCAAGACCGAGGAUUGGCGUGGCGAUAGGUGACCAGAUCCUGGAUCUCAGCAUCAUUAAGCAUCUCUUCACCGGGCCUGCCCUCUCCAAACACCAGGAUGUCUUCGAUCAGUCAACCCUCAACAGCUUCAUGGGCCUGGGACAGGCUGCCUGGAAGGAGGCAAGAGCCAUGCUACAGAGCUUGCUGUCUGCCAGCCAGGCCAGGCUCAGAGAUGACACAGAGCUUCGGAAGCGAGCAUUCACCUCCCAGGCUUCUGCCACGAUGCACCUUCCAGCCACUAUAGGCGACUACACGGACUUCUACUCCUCCAGGCAGCACGCUACGAACUUGGGCAUCAUGUUCAGGGGCAAGGAGAAUGCCUUGAUGCCAAACUGGCUGCACUUACCGGUGGGCUACCACGGCCGCGCCUCCUCCGUUGUGGUGUCCGGCACCCCGAUCCAGAGGCCCAUGGGACAGAUGAGGCCUGAUGAUUUGAAGCCUCCCGUGUUUGGUGCCUGCAAGCUCUUGGACAUAGAGCUGGAAAUGGCUUUCUUUGUAGGCCCCGGGAACAAAUACGGAGAGCCGAUCCCCAUCUCCAGGGCCCACGAGCACGUUUUUGGAAUGGUCCUCAUGAACGACUGGAGUGCUCGAGACAUUCAGAAGUGGGAGUACGUCCCCCUGGGGCCGUUCCUGGGGAAGAGCUUCGGAACCACCAUCUCUCCAUGGGUGGUGCCCAUGGAUGCGCUCAUGCCCUUUGCCGUGCCCAACCCAGUGCAGGUAAGUACACUGGGACACCGAGAAGGAAUGAGUCAGGCAGCUACCAUAUGCAGGUCCAAUUUUAAGCACAUGUACUGGACCAUGCUGCAGCAGCUCACUCACCACUCUGUCAAUGGCUGCAACCUCCGACCUGGGGACCUCUUGGCUUCUGGAACCAUCAGUGGGCCGGAGCCAGAAAGCUUUGGCUCUAUGUUGGAGCUCUCGUGGAAGGGGACGAAGGACAUCAAGCUGGGGAACGGGCAGACCAGGAAGUUUCUGCUGGACGGGGAUGAAGUCGUAAUCACAGGACACUGCCAAGGGGACGGCUACCGCAUCGGCUUUGGCCAGUGUGCUGGGAAAGUGCUGCCUGCCUUUGCAUCAGUGUGAGGCUCUCUCGGCAAUCCCGGAAAUGAAAGCCCGAGCUCUCCAGUAUCUGGGCUCCUUUGUGGCUCCCGGCCUGUUCUCCAUCCCGUAAUAAACAGUGCUCUGUGUCCCUAUACUAGGCCACAUCCUGUUCUAAGUGCA